UUGGCGAACGGCAACACCGUCACAAAAUGUCCGACGGGAGCUGCCAAAGCGACGUUAUUGAACCGCCUUGCGCAAAGAAACUUAAAAAAGACGAGCAAAAUGAGAACGGUGUAAAAGAAUCGCAGUUGGAAUUAAAACACUUUAUUCCGAGUAAAAUACUAAACAACAAUACAAACAGGAAAAUUGUUUGUGUCCUUGGGAAUUUCAAAGACAAAAGUGGUGUGGCAUUGGUGAUUUUGGAGAAAAAUGCUUUCAAAGAGGAAGAACUAACCGAGAAGGGAUAUUUUUCGGAAGACAGUGAGUUCCGUACGUUCUUCCAGAACGAUAUUUAUGGGAACUACGUGUGUUUUCCAAGUUCUAGUAUAAAUGGUGUAAAAACAACAGUAAUCUACCCAGCGACAGACCAGCACAUAGCAAAGUACAGCCAGCAAGAGACACACAUCAUACUAGAGACUCCAGAGCUGUACCACAAGUUCACUUUACCACAUCUUGAGAAAGAGCAGUUCAAUUUACAGUGGGUAUACAACAUAUUGGAAGGCAAGAGUGAGCAGGACAGAGUGGUGUAUGACAACAAGUGCGACAAGGAAGGGUUUGUGCUGCUGCCGGACCUCAAGUGGGACGGGCUGACCAAGGAGACCCUGUACCUGCUGGCUAUCGUGCGACAGAGAGGCCUCAAGUCACUGAGGGACUUGCGUGAGGCACAUCUGCCGUUGCUGAAGAGGGUCCGUGACGAGGGAAAGAAAGCAAUCCUCGACAAGUAUAAAGUCCUGGGCAGUCAGUUAAGGGUCUACCUCCACUACCGACCCUCUUUCUACCACUUGCACGUGCACUUCACGUACUUGAAGCACGAGGCCCCCGGCAUACAUGCAGAGAAGUCCCACCUUCUUGACACCGUCAUUGAUAACAUUGAAAUGAUGAGCAGUUACUAUCAACAAGCUACGUUACCUUUCACCAUCCGUGAGAUGGAUACCCUUUUUAAUGUUUACGAAACAAAUGGUUAUAUCAAGAGAAUCAAGGAUAUACAAUUGAUUGAUAAAUAAGUGAUAGUUACAUUAACAUUAAUCGGUCCAAUUAUUGUCGAUUUGGAAAGAUAAAUUAAGUACAUCACUUUGGUCCAAACACAGGUACUUAAUUUGGUCCAAUAUCAUUGAUUUGGAAAGAUCAAUUAUAUCAUUUUGAUCUAAUAAGUUGUUAAUUGGUCCAUUAUUGCUCAUUUUGAUAGAUAAACUAUAUUACUUGGGUCCUAUAUUGUUACUUGGGAUCUAAAUAGUUGAUUUAGUCCAAAAUACUUUAAGAAAAUCAAUAGAAAACGAAAUAUCGUUCAGUAAAUU